GGCAUUAGAGAUAAAGUAAGCGAUGAGGCGAGAGUGAGAGAGUGAAAGAGAGUGUGUGUGUGUGUGUCUGAGAGAGAGAGAGAGAGAGAGAGAGAGAGACAUUAAGUUUAGUAGGGGUAGAACACUAUCCAGAGUGAGAUAGAUAGAAAGAGAAAGAGAACGAGGAAGAGAGAGAGAGAGAGAAAUAGAAAAAUAAUGAAAGCCGGAUUGUUGUAUUAGAGGAAGGAAAAUAAAGAAGGAGAUAUAGAAAGAAGGUGAGAAAGAGAUAAAGAGAGAGAGAGAAAAGAGAGGGUGAGAAAUACGGUGAUUUUGAAAGAGACUAACAGAGUGUAGGAGAUAGGAAAUGAAUGGAAUAGAGGAAGAGAGGAAUAGAGGAAUAGAAUUUUAGAGGAAUAGAAGAGGUAAAAAGACAAGCAGUAGAUAGAACGACGAAAGCCAAGCACGAAGUAAAGCGAAUACUUUGCCAUCAUGACGUAUAUACAACGCUUCAACUCCUUUGGAUAUCCUUACACGAUCUUCAUCGGAUUCAUGGCAGCUAUGAACGUUGUACAAGGCACGAUCCGAUGUUCACGUUGUGAUUCAAGAAUGGACAGCUUUUAUGGAGAAUGCGAGCAGUCUCCUCCAUCGCCAACGCAAUGUCCGGAGGUACCCAACUCCAAGUACUGCCUAAUACUGAGGGAAACGACUUUUGCAGGUGUACAAAUUCGAUUUGCUCGUGAUUGCACAGUGUCUUAUUACGAAGAGAAUUGUGUGGUACAAAAUAUUACAGCAACAAAAAGGAAAAACGUAUGUUUUCGCACGUGUGGUAUUGAUGGCUGCAACAGUAACCCAUUGGUAACACGAUCAGCGUCUUCAAAAACAAAUCCGCCGAGCAAGUUCGCAAUGCUAAUGAGUACGAUGGUAAUGAUGAUGAUAAUGUCGAUAAUGAAUAUGGUUACACAUUUCGUGCCUCUAAAUAUCAUCAACUUUUCUAUAUGGAAUAUUGAUAACAUUACACAAUGAAAAUGAAUAAAUAUUUUAUAAUAAAAGCAAGAGAAAUAACAAAUUUUAAAAGAAA